AAAUGUUGUAGCUGCAGGAGGAAGCAUAAAGUGCAGGCGUCUGGAAGAAAUUAGAUGCAGAAAAGGCAGUAUAGGCUACAAGUGUGGUUCGGCAGUUUCUGAUUUUAACCUGUACGCUUGAAAAACUUGAAUUCAUGACAACUUUUCUCACCAACACUGACUACUGUUGGAUGUCAUUUGUCUUUUUCUAUUUUAUUGUUGACACUGCCAAUGUUUACUGACAUAAUGAUUUCAAUCAUUAGUAAAUAUCUAAAAUGCGGACAUUUUACAACUACUUCAUUGAAAAAAAGGAGUUAAAGAGACUUGAAUGUACUCAAGAGUUAAAAAGAGAUUUUGGAAAUUGCACAAACUUAUUUUUCUGAUGAGGACCGAAAUAAGAGUCUUCAUGAGACUUUCUGCAAAAGUGUACCUUCAAACGUUGAAAAUAAGUUUUCUCCAAGUGGAGCGCUGCAAGCGACGCAGGAGCUAACUACAUCCAUCAUAGAGACGGGACGUCAGGACUCCACAGCUGCUUUAAGAUGAGAUGUGACAAAGUCCUCACGUACCUGAGGGUGUUUGGGACCACGAUGUUCGGGAUCUCUCUGCUGGUGGGCAUCUCAACGGCUUACAUCAUGGGCUACCAGUUCUUCACCACAGCGCACAACCACGUCUCCUUCGGCCUGUACGGCGCUAUCCUGGUCGUCCACCUCUUCAUCCAGAGCCUGUUUGCUCUGCUCGAGCACCGCAACAUGCGACGCUCGUUGGAAACGCCCAUCAAGCUCACCAAGUCCCUGGCGCUGUGCAUCGCCGCCUACCAGGAGGACCCCAACUACCUAAGGAAGUGUCUGAUCUCGGUCAAGAGGCUCACCUACCCGGGCAUCAAGGUCAUCAUGGUGAUCGAUGGUAACAAUGACGACGAUAGCUACAUGAUGGACAUCUUCCGCGACAUCAUGGGGAGGGACAAGGCGGCCACGUACGUCUGGAGGAGCAACUAUCACCACCGCGGGCCGGAGGAGGGAGAGGAGGCCUACGCCGAGAGCCUGCAGCAGGUCUCUCGCUUGGUGCUUGCCAACAAGUGUGUCUGCAUCAUGCAAAAGUGGGGAGGAAAGAGGGAAGUCAUGUACACGGCCUUCAAAGCCCUGGGGAGGAGCGUCGACUAUGUGCAGGUUUGUGACUCGGACACCAUGCUGGACCCCGCAUCCUCUGUUGAGAUGGUGAAGGUUCUGGAAGAGGACCCCAUGGUUGGGGGCGUGGGAGGAGACGUACAGAUCCUGAACAAGUAUGAGUCGUGGAUCUCCUUCCUGAGCAGUGUGAGAUACUGGAUGGCCUUCAACAUCGAGCGGGCCUGCCAGUCCUACUUCGGCUGUGUCCAGUGCAUCAGCGGGCCCCUGGGGAUGUACAGGAACUCCCUCCUCCAUGAGUUCAUGGAGGACUGGUACAACCAGACCUUUAUGGGUAGUCACUGCAGCUUUGGCGAUGAUCGCCAUCUCACCAACCGUGUCCUCAGCCUGGGCUAUGCCACUAAGUACACGGCCCGCUCCAAGUGCCUUACGGAGACCCCGAUCACCUACUUGCGCUGGCUGAACCAGCAGACACGCUGGAGCAAGUCUUACUUCAGAGAGUGGCUGUAUAACGCCAUGUGGUUCCACAAGCACCACCUGUGGAUGACCUACGAGGCCGUUAUCACCGGCUUCUUCCCCUUUUUCCUCAUUGCCACGGCGAUCCAGCUGUUCUACCAGGGAAGGCUGUGGAACAUCCUACUCUUCCUGCUCAUCGUACAGGCCGUGGCACUCAUCAAAUCGUCCUUCGCCAGCUGUCUCCGGGGCAACGUGGUCAUGGUGUUCAUGUCCUUCUACUCAGUGUUAUACAUGUCCAGCCUGCUUCCAGCCAAAAUGUUCGCCAUAGCAACCAUAAACAAGGCCGGGUGGGGGACUUCGGGGAGGAAGACAAUUGUGGUGAACUUUAUCGGGCUUGUGCCCAUAUCUGUCUGGUUUACCAUUCUCUUUUUUGGCCUUAUCUACACAGUCGUCCAAGACACCAAAAAACCCUUCCCAGAGUUCGAGAAAAUAGUCUUAAUCAUAGGUGCUAUAGUGUAUGCCAGCUACUGGGUCAUGCUCUUGACAUUGUACAUAGUGCUGAUCAACAAGUGCGGUAAGAGGAAGAAAGAACAGCAGUACGACAUGGUGAUCGACGUAUGAUGUGAGCAACAGGACAUUCUCGACUGACACUAAUCCCUCUCAACGUUUACAAAGUGAAGAAUCUCAGAGCGCUCGUUGGCGGAGUCUCGGCGGGUGGCGUGAAGUCACUCGGCCAAGGGAGAGGUAUCUGCUGCUGUGUCUGGAACUGGAGUCCUAGAAAUGACACUA